UCAAUUUCAGAGACGCAGCAACUUCCCAUCUGUUCGCACUAGCUCAGACAUGCAACCUUUGUACAUAGAUAUAUUAUAUAGCGACUGACACGACAAUAACGGGGUGAAAGGGAAGGUAGUGUGUGUGACAUUGUGUAUUGUAAAGGGCUGCCACCAACUCAAGAAAGGCCAAGUUAAUCUCACAUCUGAAGUGUAUGUGGACUUUGUGAGUGAUAUUAUUUUAUGAAAUUAAAUGAGGUUAUUUUAUCCUAAAUGUGUUCCAGUUGUAUCCCAAUGUAUAAAAAACAUUGUUUUUUGUUUUUAGACACUAUUUAUAUCAUAUUAUUAUGAUUUUUAGAUUAAUUUGAAGUUGUAUGGUUUAUGGUUCCCUACUUAGAGUCCUUAUAAUCCCGUAAGUACAGUUAAAGGCCACAUACUAAGCCUAACUAGAUUAAACUAACUCAACGUAACCAAAUUAUUAUUAUUCAAUAUGAUUCUAUAUACUAAAUAAAUUACAGGUGAGUCAAAGUUAAGUAUACAGUAUUUUCAAGUCAAGCGAUCGGUUAAUUGUACCUAUUUACAUUUCACUCGCUGUUCGGAAUAGCCUAGAUUUGUGCUAGGGCCAGCCCUUGAGCGAGCACGAACGUAAAUUUAAUAUCCGGUCGAGUAGAUACCGACCGAGAAGCGAUGCGCUUGUGUUUAGCGGAUCGGCACUAGUUAGGUACUACAUUACUUACAUUAUUUUUCUUUAACUCAGCUACCUACCUAUAAUGCUUAAAACCACAAGAACCCGUCGCUAAAAAGACACCGUCACACAUUUAAGCUCUCAUUUUACAACGACAACAUAAUGUAAUAACAUGACUCUUAAGAUGACGUUCGGAUUCAGACUGCACCAGUAUUGCAGCGCGACAUUACCGACUGCAUUACUGCUGCUAAUGCCAAAAUCGAUGUUGCAGCACGGGAUUUUGACAAAUGCGGCAGCAAUUCAGUCGGCAGUAAUGUCACAGUAAUGUACUGGUGCAGUCUGAACCCGAACGUCACCUUUAGCAUGAACAUUCAAAUAAUAUAUAAGAGUAUCUAUGUGUGGUAAGUAAGUUUUCGUUGCUAAAAAAUGUAAAAUACAAAUAAAAUAAAGUGAGCAGAAGUAAUACUAAGUGUAGGUACGAGUACCUACCAAUGUGUUACUUAAAUGUUCAUGCCAACAUUCAUGAUGUUUCAGCAUGUCGUUUUAAGAUGAGAACAUAGCAUCGAUUAAAGAUAAUGUUAGGUGGAGGUACUUCCCAGCUGGGCUCUGCUCAACGAAGGUCCAUAGGCUACGACGACUGCUUACCAUCAGACGGGCCAUAUGCUUGUUUGCACUCGACGUAAUAUAAAAAAAAAAUACAAUAAUGGAAGGAUGUCAUAAAAUUUUAUUUUUAAUUUUCGUUUGCCUCUUUAAUGCAAACAGGCGGACUUACAAAUUACUUAAGAUUAUUUUGUUGUAUGUAAUAGUAGGUCCUCAUGCAGGAAGUGGCAGGAACUUCAUCAGUCCUUCCGGGUCCGUCGGUCAGUUCGGGAAACUUAUAUGCAGGGAUAAGCUUUUAAAUUGAAAUAUACGAACGCUUUAUUUACAUAAUAGAUACCUAUAUACAAAGGUAUUACAGUAACUGUACAAAUACUAAACUAAAUUAAUAACUAGCUUAAAAUAGGUCCUUCGGGUAUUGUACCAAGGAUGCUGGUGGCAUUUCCUCGUUGUAUCGCGAUGCUGAUACGUUGUGUUGUGCGAGGAAGCCGCCAGCUCUUCGGUCACCAGUUACGGCAACCAGACGCUUCUCGAUUUCUGCAAUAAACUUGUGCGCGCUGACACCCCAUGAACCUAGAGUUUCAACGCCAAUUGGUACAAAAUGUUACUCUCUAACGCGGCUCUUAUAUUAAAAACAAACAUCUGAAUGUGACUGUAACUACACGUAUGUACACAACAUAAUUAGAAAGUUAAAAGUAGAUUGUUAACUAAGUAUUAGUAAAAUGGUGCCUUUCACCUGGGUUAAACACUCUAAUAUUCAUUUCCAAUACGAGUAAAGUAAAAAAAGAACUAAGUAUAAACUUUACAUGUUACUUCUUAAGGGUACCUACUUUUAAUUAAUAAUGUAGGUAAUAGUAUCGUUAUAUGGAAUGGGGCGUUAAAUAUUAGAAUGGAAAUUGUCCAACAAAUCCACUGAAACUCAAAUGUUGAUUGCUUGUCGUAAAAAAAAAGUGCUUGGAAAAUAAAAUUCUCUACUGUAGAAACGUAUCACUUUCUGCACACUUCAUAGAACAACAAUUACCUACCUCAUUUCAUAGCAUGAGAAAUGCAAAUAAUUUUUCAACGGUACCCUAACAAUCUAACUCAAAGCCACUUCUCACCAAAAUGAAUACUAUCACCAAUUAAACUGCAAACUGUCAGAAAAAUAUGAUUUACCAGUUAAGUUGAACAAUAAGUAAAACGUUUACCCUCUAAGUCCCGAGCUCCCAAGGGGGAGGGGGGCGGAGGGAGCGAUAUUCAAAUUGCGAACAUUUCAUUUUAACGCUUGUGAAGAUAUUCGCCCGCUCCCACGCUUGGGAGGCGAGGCUAAUCUGGGGCGAUGUCGAUAUCGAUAGAAAACUUUUUUGUUUUUAACACCCAACGCAAAAAGAGGGUUGUUAUAUUAUGUUUGACACCAAUGUCUGUCUGUCAUUCUGUUUGUCUGUCUGUGGCAUCGUAGCUCUCCAACGAAUGGACCGAUUUCGAUGCGGUUUCGUAACGUGAAAGCAAGUUUUCUUGCGUGGUUCUUAGCUAUCUUAGAAAUCGAUCAAGCAGUUUGAAAAGUAUCAGCUCUUUUCUUACAGCUUACAUAAUUUUGUGUAAGGCGAUUUUGGCAUAAAAUGAUUUUUUUGUUAACAUAUACCUAACAUAGGGUUUUUUUAGUUUAAUAGUUAUUACUUAAUAUUCUUGCACUUGCUCGCUUCAUUUCCUAACUAAUUUGGUGCUUUAAAACCUAAUAAGUACCUUCUUCCUCGCGUUGUCCCGGCAUUUUGCCACGGCUCAUGGGAGCCUGGGGUCCGCUUGACAACUAAUCCCAAGAUUUGGCGUAGGCACUAGUUUUUACGAAAGCGACUGCCAUCUGACCUUCCAACCCAGAGGGUAAACUAGGCCUAGUUAGGAUUAGUCCAGUUUCCUCACGAUGUUUUCCUUCACCGAAAAGCGACUGGUAAAUAUUAAAUGAUAUUUCUUACAUAAGUUCCGAAAAACUCAUUGGUAGGUACGAGCCGGGGUUUGAACCCGCGACCUCCGGAUUGCAAGUCGCACGCUCUUACCGCUAGGCCACCAGCGCUUCUUUAAAACCUAAUAAGUACCGAAAUAUUUAUUGUUAAUUAAAUCUUAACGAAAGUUUAGAUUUAGAUGCCAACUGAUAUCUAAACUUUCGUCGCUGAAACUGUUAAAUAACCACAACAAGAAUAAAAUAUAAGAUGAUAUAAAAAAGGUAGGUCCACUUUCACGGUAUUUUUUUUUUUUGAGAAAUGAAACAUUUUACGAAUCGUUUAUUUGCUGUUAGUCUGAUUAGGCAACUUUUAAUAAGCGUCCCUUCUUUCGUAUCUUACGAAAUCACCGUCAUGUCGUUUCAUAAAAUCCAACCCUUGUUAGAAAAUUCGUUGAUAGUAAUACAGGCUUGUUACGUUUUCACACUAAAAAAAGAAUUAGGUACGAAGUUUGUUUAGACUAUAAUCUGCGAGAGAUGUGGAAGACCAAAUAAUCAUUUAAAAAAUAUAUAUUCGAGUAGACUAGACAUGAAACGUUGUCCCCUCCCUAAUGCCAAGUUGAGACGUUUGCGAAAUGUGGAUAUUUCACGAAUUGAUCGUUCCACUGCGGAAUUCUCAUUUGCGCCUCGCCUCCCGCCGACCCCGCACCUGAGGGUAGAGGGGGUUCACACCAAUAUUGAGUGCUUUACACUAAGUAGAAACUUAUAAGUACCUACCUGACAAGUAUAGGUAACCUAUAUUAUUUUAACAGCUAUUCGUGUCUAGAACAAUCUUAUUACAACUAUAGGGGCCGUGCGCGUUGGAGGGUCUGCCAUCUUGUGGCCUGAAUCGGAACCAUAAACAUGUACAUUUACACGUCACGUGUUUUCUUGUGCAUAGUAGGUUCUGCCAUCUUGUGGGCUACAUCGGAACAAUAAACAUCAAAUUCACGCCUCGCGCCAAAAAUCUGACGGCUCCUGUGCUGCCUCCUACAGUUCAUGCACGCUCCCUAUAAUAUAUGUGGUAAAUUACUGUUGAUUGGAAGAGGAAAGACGUUUAUUUAACAUCACAAUUUGGAAAACAUAAUAUAAGAUAAACACACAAAUUUCACGCUAAACAGGAUCCCCUAUCAGAAUAUUGCCACGGCAAACCAUGGCGCUGAUUUUCAGUGGAGACCUAACUAAAGUAAGCUAAACUAGAAACUAAUACUAAACCAGUGCUGAUGCACACGUCAAAAUGAAAUAACAUAUUGAAAUAAUAAUUUCUCUGGGUGGCGAUGAAUCACGGUGUACUAUUUUUCUUUUAAUAAUUUAGGGUAGAUUUUAUUUCUCAAUAUGACAACACCAUGUCAAACACACACUGCACAAGGUACAAUGUGCGGUGAUCAACACAUUAAUAGGGUAAUUGACUGACUAGUCAAAUCAGUUUCUUUUUCCAACUGUUAAAACUAUUGAAUUGUCAGGACGAAUAUACACAGUGGAAAAAUUUAAAGACCCUGGAGGAAAAGUGUUUUUUUAAGUUAGCUCAUUUUACUUCAAAGACACAUUUUAUUUUAAAGAAGAAACAAAACUCUAUUCAAGUAUUUUUUUAAUUCGCUUGUCGCACCCGAGAGAUCGAACCGACUAAAAUUAACCGCACAAAAUACAUUUAUAAAUCUGUUACUAAUACUAAUAUGGAUGUUAUAUUGAACCUGAAUGAUCCCUCAUGAGUAUGAGUAAAGGCUCACCCAGCUUAUACAACACAGAGUAUUUCUACAUAAUACCUGCUCAUAAAACACUCGAUCCUCGAGCUCUCGAAUUCUCAACGCACCCUGUACACGAUCAGCUUACAAGCAGAUAUUCAAUUCGUUUUAUACAUUAAUAAUUAUACCACCCCUCUCCCCCGUCUUCUCCUCUCAUUGUAAUUUAAAUCGAAUUCCCGACAAGCAAAUGGAAAUAUUUCAAUUUGGAAUAUUUCAAUUUGGCACCUCCGCCGUUCGAAUUUCGAAUCGCGAAUUAAAUAACCGUUACUUACGAGGCUGGUGGAUUUAGAUUUAAAACGAUUAUUUUGUUUAAACUUUUAUUUACUAAUUAAUAUUUUUAAUUUGAAACCUUUAUUAAAAUUUACUGGUCUGUUGAAAUGGUAAACCCGGAAUCAAUCCAGGCAGUGUCCCCACUUAGCAAUAAGAAAAGUUUAUCUACAAAGGAACCUGUAUAAUUAUCUAAUCAAAUUUGAUUAGAUACUUUCAAGCCUCUAUUCUAGAUCGACUAAGACGUGCAAAUGUUUUAGGUUUUGCAUCCCUUGUAAUAUCAUUCGUUUUUCUUUUACCUUGUCCCAUCCCAUUAGUAUUUCGUAUUACUUAGUAGAUAUGAACGUUGUUCUUAAAAUAUGGCAUGAAUUUGCUCAUUGUAUUCAACUGUAUUGUAAAGAGAACGCUUGGCUUACUUCCACAUCCUAUAUUAAUAACUAAGAAUUGUUAACUGUCAUUUACUACACUACUUAUAAUGUCUUAAUAAUUCCCACGUCUAGUUUAAUCUGUGUUGACAGCUUUUUACUAUAAAAUAGAAAUAUAAUAUGGACCCAGAACACGUAUGUCAAGAUGCAUCAGGAAGAUAGUUAUGCAUACUCAACGGAACAGUAUCGCUCAAUCUCGCCAACAUUAUGUCCCAUUCAGCACAUUAAAGCGCACAGCCUAAACAAUUAAACAAAAACCUCAACAAUAAAUAUUAAAAAGAAGCGGAAUCCUCGACGCGAAUAACAAACAUAAUUGUUUUUUUGUGCCUCAUUCAAUAGAGCUUUGUCCGGUAAUACAAAAACUGGUUCUCAAAAAAGUCACCUUUAUAAAUUAAGUUUCAGCAUUUGUGAACACCAAUCACAGCUCAGAGGCGGGGUUGCGCUAACCCCUCAUUGGCGCUCCCGACGCUCUCAUCUGUCUACAUUUUAUAUAACCGGAUGAUACAACAUAUACAGUUAACACUAUAGAGGAAGCGGGACGGCACUAUGUUGGAGACAGUGUGUCGCUUCGCACUCGCGCCGUCUCACUCGCGCCAUACUGUCAGUUUGUUCGCCGAAAAUGAAGCAACAGUGUUGGCAACACUCGCGACGAGAGCGCGCCUCAACAGUUGCGCGAUCCACGUUUGAAAAUUCGAGUGGAUUUCGAAUUCGGAACUUUUUAAUUUUGGUGUUCAAUCGUCAAUGGACUUGAUAUUUUUUUCAUAGUGUAGCGAUGUGCAUGGUAGUAUUUUGAGUGUGUUAUAUUAAAGUCGUGUGAUGGAGAUGUCGCUGCCGAACGGCGUGGACGUGUCGCAGCUGGUGCAGCACCCCGUGCUGGCCGCCUUGCCACCCUUCUUCCUCAGAGCUUCAGAGAGAUAUCAGCGGACGCCGAAGUGCGCGCGGUGCCGCAACCACGGCGUGGUGUCAGCGCUGAAGGGCCACAAGCGCUACUGCCGAUGGCGCGACUGUGUGUGCGCCAAGUGCACGCUCAUAGCCGAGCGGCAGCGCGUCAUGGCAGCACAGGUCGCGUUACGACGGCAGCAAGCUCAAGAAGAGAACGAGGCGCGGGAGCUGAACCUUCUGUACACAGGACAGCCGCCUGCGCCGCACCACUACGAUAUGCCCGAUGACUCGCCUGCUCAGAAGCGUGCGCGGAUCACAGAGGUGUGCUCCAGCCCCUCGCCUUCCACGGACCAGCAGCCUGAGUCCAAGUCUCCUCCGCAAACCCCGCCGCUUACCACCCCUCCCCCGCGCUCGCCUUCGGACCACGAGCUCAACGUUGAAGAAGAACUCGAGGACCAGUCUGAGACCUCCCUCACCCCCGAAAACCUCUCCAUGAAGGCGCCCAGAACCGAAGACCCGACUACAGUUAAAAAGGAAGAAGAUGACAAGUGGGAGAGCCCUGAUUUUAAAUACAAAAUGUUCAGACGAGAGCGCAAAGAGUCAUUACCUGAGCAGUCCGACGACUGCUCGCCUUCUUUCCAGAAAUCCCCCGUUGACGUUCUUAUCAAAGUUUUUCCAAGGAAGAGUCGUCAGGAGAUCGAAGCAAUCCUAUCGCGCUGCAAAGGGGAUGUCGUCGCCGCGAUGGAAAUGAUGAUAAAUGGAACCGAGCCACCUACGAACGCUUACAAUAUGACGCAAGAAUCUCCUCCUUAUAUGCAAAACUAUCAGUCGAAAUCCGCUUUUUCACCACUGUCGAAUCAGAGUUUUAAAUUUUCCCCUUCUCGGAGGUUCCUGACGCCGCCAUACAGCGGGACAGGGUACCUGCCGACGGUGAUCCGGCCACCACCGGAAUACCUGUCGGGGUUCAUGCCGCCGGCCGAGCUGAUGUACGGCAGACAGAUGCCCGUACCCUCGCCCGGGACCUCGCCGCGCUCCGACAACACCAACACUGAAUUCUCCGACUAGGGGUACCCGCAUUGGACAGUACUGUGAAGUGCUGAUUAAGGACUUGUGAUUAUAUAUGAAUGUUAUGCUUACUUAGUAAAAUUAUACUUGACAACAAGAAAUAUGUGGUCAACGGUUGAAAAAAUCUGCCCAUCAAGAAUUAUUAUGAUGUGACGACAGUUUGCUUAAGACGAUUUAUGUUUAUAUCGAUCAUAUUUAAAAGCUUAUCAUCACUAAGGAUUUAAGAAUUUAAGGAUCCAUGCUCAAUGCAAAUACUAGUACAUUCUACAUCUUAGAUUUAUCUACUAAUGUUUAGUACCCAUUCUCAAGCUAGUACUUAAAUAGAUUAAAGUAUAAGGAGUAUACGAUGUUCGCAAAAGUAUUUACGUGACCAUAAUGUAAUUAGAGUCUAAUCUAACACCUUAACAGUCAUAAAAUAAAGGUAAAAACUUU